UAGAAAUAGGCGGGGUUUAUGACUUUGUGGAUGUGAUAACUAGUGUCGCAGAAGGAGCGCGUCAGACUGCACAAAGGGGAUACAUGCAUCGGGAGAGACGUCGUAGCUAGAUAUUUCAAACUGUUCAAGACCUGUCGUAGUCGUCUCGAAACUCAAAAUGUACCGCUUGCGGGCGUUGUCAGCUGUAGCGUUGGGGCUGGUGCAGUUGUCACGUCGUUACCAUGGUGAGGCUGUGAGGGGCGGGGCCGGUAAGAGGAGACUGAUGCUAGCAGCUCUGGUGGGCGUGACCGGGGCCUCAGCCAGCGCUGGACUGCUCUGGACCAGAGCGUACGCAGACGCCGGGCCUUCCGUCGAGCACGACGAACAUCCCGAGGUAAAGGAGGCGGGGUUUGUGAAAGAGGCAGAGUCAGAGGCCGAGAGUUCGGUGGAGGCCAGCGACGGAGAGGAGGGAGGAGCGGAUGAAAAGAAGAAGAAACCACGAUCGGGAUUCCGUGACCGCAAGGUGAUGGAGUAUGAGAAUAGGAUUAGAGCCUACUCCACUCCAGACAAGAUCUUCCGUUACUUCGCCACGCUGAAGAUCAUCAGUGAGCAUGGAGAUGCAGAGGUCUACAUGACCCCACACGACUUUGUCCGUUCCAUCACCCCCAACGAGAAACAGCCAGAGAACCUGGGUCUGGAUCAGUUCCAGGUGAAGCGAUAUGAUGGAAAGAAGAUUUCCCAGGAGAGGGAGAAGUUUGCGGAUGAGGACAGUAUCUUCUUCACACUGGGAGAGUGUGGUCUCAUCUCCUUCUCUGAUUACAUCUUCCUCACUACCGUGCUCUCUACGCCCCAGAGGAACUUUGAGAUCGCCUUCAAGAUGUUCGACCUGAACGGAGAUGGAGAGGUGGACCUGGAGGAGUUUGAACAGGUCCAGAGUAUCAUCAGGUCUCAGACCAGUAUGGGGAUGCGUCAUCGGGACCGCUCCACUACGGGUAACACCCUGAAGACUGGCGGCUGCAGCUCUGCUCUUACCACAUACUUCUUCGGUGCCGACCUGAAGGGCAAACUGACCAUCGGCCAUUUCCUGGAGUUCCAGAGGAAGCUGCAACACGAUGUCCUUAAACUAGAGUUUAUGCGUAACGACCCAGUGGAUGGGUGCAUAACAGAGAGACAGUUCGGAGGCAUGCUGCUGUCCUACAGCGGAGUCCAGUCACGUAAACUCAAACAGAUGCAGAAGGGACUCAAGAAGAUGUUCAAAGAUGCUCAGGGCAUUACGUUUGAGGAGGUGGAGAAUUUCUUUACCUUCCUGAAGAAUGUGAAUGAUGUGGAUACAGCUCUGAGUUUCUACCACAUGGCCGGCGCCUCCAUCGAUAAAGCCACGAUGAAGCAGGUGGCUCGUACGGUGGCUAAAGUGGAGCUGUCGGAUCAUGUGUGUGAUGUCGUGUUCGCUCUGUUCGACUGCGAUGGUAAUGGAGAACUGAGUAAUAAGGAGUUUAUAGCCAUAAUGAAGCAGCGCCUGAUGCGAGGUCUAGAGAAACCUAAAGACAUGGGUUUCACCCGGUUGGUACGAGCCAUGGUGAAGUGUGCCCAAGACACCGCGUGGGACUUCGCCAUGCCAAAACAGAAUUAGACACCUGUGUGUGUGUGUCAUGCCCAAGCAGCAUUAAGGAUGGGAGGGAUGUGUGUGUGCUUGGGCAGGCGUGAGAAUGCAAGUGUGUGUAUUCGGGUGACGAAAAGGGUGCUCACUCUGCUCCUCCACACAACUCUAAACAUCGAUGACGUCUUCUGGCUCUCUGUGUCUCUCUCCCUCUCUGUGUGUCUCUCUCCCUCUCUGUGUGUCUCUCUCCCUCUCUGUGUGUCUCUCUCCCUCUCUGUGUGUCUCUCUCCCUCUCUGUGUGUCUCUCUCCCUCUCUGUGUGUCUCUCUCCCUCUCUGUGUGUCUCUCUCCCUCUCUGUGUGUCUCUCUCCCUCUCUGUGUGUCUCUCUCCCUCUCUGUGUGUCUCUCUCCCUCUCUGUGUGUGUCUGUCGCUCUGUGUGUGUCUGUCGCUCUGUCUCUCUGUCGCUCUGUGUCUCUCUGUCGCUCUGUGCCUCUCUGUCGCUCUGUGCCUCUCUGUCGCUCUGUGCCUCUCUGUCUCGCUCUGUGCCUCUCUGUCGCUCUGUGCCUCUCUGUCUCGCUCUGUGCCUCUCUGUCGCUCUGUGCCUCUCUCUCUCUCUCUCUCGCUCUGUGUCUGUCUCUCUCUCUCCGUCUCUCUCUCUGUGUCUCGGAUUAAAAGCAUAUAGUUAAUUGGCAACAAUAGAUGUUAUAACUCAUAUCUGUUCACACCAAUUAAAGACAUCAAACUCAUUAUGACAUCAGCUCUGGCGUAAACAUAAUCAUGUUACUACAAUAUGGUUCUUUCAUCCCAAAUGGCACCCUAUUCCCUAUGUAGUGCACUACUUUAGACCAGGGCCCUAUGGGGAAUGGCACACUAUUCCCUAUGUAGUGCACUACUUUAGACCAGGGCCCUAUGGGGAAUGGCACCCUAUUCCCUAUGUAGUGCACUACUUUAGACCAGGGCCCUAUGGGGAAUGGCACACUAUUCCCUAUGUAGUGCACUACUUUAGACCAGGGCCCUAUGGGGAAUGGCACCCUAUUCCCUAUGUAGUGCACUACUUUAGACCAGGGCCAUAUGGGGAAUGGCACCCUAUUCCAUAUGUAGUGCACUACUUUAGACCAAGGCCCUAUGGGGAAUGACUCCCUAUGUAGUGCACUACUUUAGACCAGGUCCAUAUGGGGAAUGCCACCCUAUUCCCUAUGUAGUGCACUACUUUAGACCAGGGCCCUAUGGGGAAUGGCACCCUAUUCCCUAUGUAGUGCACUAUUUUAGACCAGGGCCAUAUGGGGAAUGGCACCCUAUUCCCUAUGUAGUGCACUACUUUAGACCAGGGCCCUAUGGGGAAUGGCACCCUAUUCCCUAUGUAGUGCACUACUUUAGACCAGGGCCCUAUGGGGUAUGGCACCCUAUUCCCUAUGUAGUGCACUACUUUAGACCAGGGCCCUAUGGGGAAUGGCACCCUAUUCCCUAUGUAGUGCACUACUUUAGACCAGGGCCCUAUGGGGAAUGACACCCUAUUCCCUAUGUAGUGCACUACUUUAGACCAGGGCCCUAUGGGGAAUGACACCCUAUUCCCUAUGUAGUGCACUAUGGGGAAUGGCACCCUAUUCCCUAUGUAGUGCACUAUUUUAGACCAGGGCCCUAUGGGGAAUGGCACCCUAUUCCCUAUGUAGUGCACUACUUUAGACCAGGGCCCUAUGGGUCUUCUUAUGGACCCUGGUCAAGCGUAGUGCACUGCAUAGGGAAUAGGGUGCCAUUUUGAGAUGCUGACGCGGCAGUUUGUCCUAAGAGGCUUUCCAUGGACGGCUCUCCGCAAUGCAUCAUGGGUAUUAUUAGGGGAUGGGAGUUAUAAUCUUGUAUAUUUAUUGUUUUGCGAUUUGUAGUAAUUGUCUAGGCGAAUGUAAACAAACACAACCUUUUUCCCUGAAUAAGGAUUAAACGGUACUUUAUAAACCCUCGUUAUAGUUUAGAGGAUUUAUGUUUGACUGCAAAACACAAGAAAUCCUGUUACUCCCUCAAUUCAAAGUUAAAGGAUUAAUUUAAAUCACGUGGAAUGUCUCUCUAAAAUAGGUGUCUCUCUAUAAGGCUGUUCCAUCUCUCUCCUCUCUCAUCCUCUCUGUCCUUCUAUCCCUCCAUCUAAUGUGUCUCUCUCUGAGGCUGUUCCAUCUCUCUCCUCUCUCAUCCUCUCUGUCCUUCUAUCCCUCUAUCUAAUGUGUCUAUAAGGCUGUUCCAUCAAGGCUGUUCUCCUCUCUCAUCCUCUCUGUCCUUCUAUCCCUCCAUCUAAUGUGUCUCUCUCUGAGGCUGUUCCAUCUCUUUCCUCUCUCAUCCUCUCUGUCCUUCUAUCCCUCCAUCUAAUGUGUCUCUCUAUAAGGCUGUUCCAUCUCUCUCAUCCUCUCUGUCCUUCUAUCCCUCUAUCUAAUGUGUCUCUCUAUAAGGCUGUUCCAUCUCUCUCCUCUCUCAUCCUCUCUAUCCUUCUAUCCCUCCAUCUAAUGUGUCUCUAUAAGGCUGUUCCAUCUCUCUCAUCCUCUCUAUCCCUCUAUCUAAUGUGUCUCUCUAUAAGGCUGUUCCAUCUCUCUCAUCCUCUCUAUCCCUCUAUCUAAUGUGUCUCGAAGAUAUUCUACAACUGUACAGACUGUCGACGUUGGAGUUGUAUUCCCUGCUUACCAUCCCGGCCUGUUUUAUUUCAGAGAGCUGGUUAUUAUUACUGAAUGACGUCAUCAUUCUGAUGUUCAACCACAGUAUUAUUAAACACGUUUGUUUUUCUGAA